AUGGCACACAUCAAGAACAAGAGUGAUUAUACCUUAUUCCUCGGUUCGCCUGCCGCCGCCGCAGCCAACUUCGUCUGUAUCAAGGCCAAGAGAAAAGAAAAUACCUCAUCAGGGUUUUUCCAACUGCUUGGUGCUAUGGCACUUAUUCAGAAACAAAGAAAGAACAACAGAAAGAAGUACCCCCGCGUCCAUGACAUACUGAGUGAUGGUGACCAGUUCAAGUUCUAUCAUUUAGAUGAACACCGUCAUUACAACUACAAAGUGAAGUUUUGGUCUCAGCUUGAUUCGCAGCCGCGAAUCAUCAACAUUCUCUGGACCAUUUUUCAGCACGCACUCGCUCAAGGAUCGGGCCAGAACACACAUAUAGAGAGAGAUCCAGUUAAUACUCCCAUAAGUAAUUAA